GUCGCGACGUAUUUUUAAAGCCCAAUUUUUUUCUUACGACGCCGUUGACGCCUCCUAUAUUGCUGUGAUUUGUGACGGGAGUUGUAAUAAGCUUGACACGGAACUGGGGUGGAACUCGUUGCAUUGAACAAGUUAAUUUUGGGCUAUGGCAUCCUUGGGCAGUAAACUUUUACCAUCCACAAAACUUCUUGAUGGUGCAAUAUAACCAGAUUUGUUCAAAAUCUGAAUCUUGUCUACUGCGUAUAUUGUACGUGUGUGGAAUUUGAUGAAGUACCUUCCAAAUAUAAUCAACUAAAACCCAGUAAAUCGAACAUCAACAGUACUUUUGUAAUAAACUCAUUUGUGGUGUGCAAUCCAAAUGAUUUUUAUUUUGUGAUCCUUGCAGUACUUAGAUGCAAGUGCAACGUAUUGAUGUAUAAGUGAUACUACGAAAAUGAUUUCCAAUGUUGUCUAUUGAACAAUCAAAUAAAACAGAACUGAUGUAAAAUUAAAGCGACCGUGUGACCGAAUCACCAUCAUGGUUAUAACAGGCCGUUUGCGGGUCCAAAUAUUGAUCCUGAUAAUGUUGAUUGCUUCAACGGAACGAACUUUUGCCAAAUUGGAACAGGGCGAAACGACUGAAGCUAUUGAAGAAGAAAAUAACGAGCUAGAGCCAAUGGUUAUAAGCCGAGGGCCCUAUUUCGUUAAGAGUGCUUCUAAAAAUGUUACCGCUAUCGUUGGCAAGACCGCACAUCUCAGUUGUCAAAUCAAAAAUUUAGGUGACAGAACGGUUUCGUGGAUAAGGCAUCGCGAUUUGCAUCUUUUAACCGUUGGUCGUUCCACGUACACAUCUGACCAACGUUUUGUCAGCAUCCACAACCAUCAUUCUGACGAUUGGACGCUUCAGGUACGCUACACCCAAAGGAGAGAUUCGGGAAUAUACGAAUGUCAAGUCAGUACAACACCACCUAUUGGACACUCGAUGUAUCUCUCCGUAAUUGAACCUGUGACGACAGUGCUAGGCGGACCAGAAAUGUUUAUAAAUAGGGGAAGCACCAUGAAUCUAACGUGUAUAGUGCAACACAGUCCUGAACCACCCCCUUCAAUCUUUUGGACCCAUAAUUCUCAGGAGAUUAAUUAUGACUCCCCUCGCGGUGGAGUAAGUGUCAUUACGGAGAAAGGGGAGAUAACGGUGAGCUAUCUCCUUGUUCAAAGGGCAAAGGACUCGGAUUCUGGAAAGUACACUUGCAACCCUACCACGGCUAACCCUGCUAGCGUCGUAGUCCACGUUCUAAAUGGCUAAAUAAACAUACAUAUCUCCAAUAUGGAAUGGAUAUAAUCAUCAACACUAAGGUAGGCUCUUAAUAAUCUCUAAUUUCCCUUUGUAUCUACACAAUCCCUUUUUAUAAAGAUUGAUUCAAUUUCCAUUAUCAUGGCUGACACAAAAAGCAAAGCCUAUAUUAAAACACGUUCUGUCUGUAAGGCAAAUAUAUCGAAAUUAAUUAAUUAUCUAAAUAAUAACAGUAUGUGCGAUUUAGAUGAUGUUCAAACUCGUAAAAGCAAAUUAGAAGAAUAUUUUCAGAAAUUUUCAGAUAACCAAUUUGAAUUUGAGUUAUAUUUAGAA